ACAAUCGAUAUCGUGUGUGGGUGUGUGUUGGUGCGCAAAGUAGCACAGGGGGGUAACAGGGCGACCGAAGACUGUCAAAAUGGGUACUUCGGGUCCUUAGAGAGAAGCUACUGUGAAUAUUCGCUUAUUUCUAUUUUCGAUCUUGACUCAGAAAGACGGCUGACUCAUGCUUUAGAAAGAGUAAUCUGUCAAGGAUGGAUGACAAGAACUGCAUCAAGGACCGUAUUUUGAAAGACGUCGGGAAGUCCAUAAAGUUGAUACAACAAGUGAGUGUAGGAAUUGAGAAUUGCGAAAAUUAUGGUUCUGCUGGAGGUAGUGGUGGUGCAGUGAAUAGCAAUUCAUGGUUGGUUCAAUCUUUAUGUUGUCAUCUUGAUUUGGCUUUCCGUCAUGGAUUGCGUGAACCAUCUCUUGGAUUUUGGCCAUUACUUCAAGGACUUAGUCACUCAGAUACAUUUCAAGUGAUAGAUGGAUUGCAGAAUAUUUGUUCACCUCUGGGGAAAGGUCUCAUUUGGUUGCACCAUACCUUGAUGGAAGGAUCUCUACAAAGCUAUCUUCUGUGUUUAAGUAAUGAUAAUACAACCUUACGGCGUUAUUAUACUUCAAGAUCUAUUCUUCGUGACCCUUCAUGUUCACAGCAGCUAUUAACUCUUCUGGCUGGUCUCGAAAAUAUUUCAUUCAUCAUGAAUACAGACGGAACAGACUUGCAAGAGGCAACUGGUUUUUCUGGUUUGACAUCAAUGACUUCCUCACUGUCUUCUCCUGUAGAUUCUGGUGUAGCUUUACUUGACAGUGACGCAGAUGUUACUUCGACAAAUGAAGCUACUGUGACAGAAGGUGAUUCAGCUAGUCUAAGGGAGGAAGUGGCAAUGUUACCAGAAUUAGAAGAUAAUCGGAUAAAUGAUCACAUUGUGUCUCAAGAAAUUGUUAAGAAUAAAGAUACAGUUGAGAUCUCUGGUUACACAAGAAGUAAUGAAAAACAAGUUGCUAGUGGGGCAAUGGAUCCUUUAAAUAAAGGAAACCUUUGUGAAGAACUGGAUGGUAUUCUAAAGUCAAGAUUUGUGGAGGAACCUUUAGGAGACUGUCAUUCCGUGAUAAAUAGUCAUUCAGAAAAAUUCAUUUUACCAAAGGAAUGUGCCUCUGAAUUCGACUGUAGUAAAGAAGAACUAAACAAAAUAUUAGUUGAUACUCAAGUUCUGUCAAAUUCUAAUAGCAGUGUUUCAUUAAAUAAAAUAAGCAAUACCAGUUCCAAUUCAUGUAAUUUAACUCAACUUUCAAAAUCAACUUGUCUUAAUCAGCCAAGUACUAACAGAAUGACAGAAAGUUGCGUGGCAUUGAUUGAAGGUAGAAAUGAUGGUGUGAAUUUAGAAUCAUGCAAAUCUGAUGAUUCUCUGAACGACAACAAGUGGGCACAAGAUGCAGAUGUAAUGAGUAAAUCAGUUGGUGCUGACACUACUGUGAUAAGGCGGCAGCGUAAAAAGAAACGCAAUGGUCCAGAUGUGAAAGUGAAGCGAGUAUCAUUUCAUGAAGACCUUCUCAUGCAAACUACUGAAUCAACUUCAGGAUUUUCAGCAAGCUUUUUGCCUCCCAAUCCUGUUAUCAAGUGUGAUGUUGUGAAAGGGCGAUACAGUUGGUGUGCAGAGGGUGAUGCUCCGUUUUUUGAACAACGAAAAAACGAAAAUGACACCAAGUCGGAUGUUUAUCUUUCUACAUCUGGAGGAAUAUUGAAAAUUGAUAGUGAUGAGAGAAACAUGGGUUGUACAGAAAAAAAUCCUUUAUCUGAAAAUAAAUUAUGUACGCAAGUUUGUGAAGCCUCAAAUCAGGAUAGUACCAAACCUGCUUCAAGCAGAGGUUCCAUAAUUGAUACAAAGUUGCCUCCUGUUACAGAAAGAGGUAUGCCUGAAGGACAAGAAGAUCCUCCAAAAACAUCUUCAUUGCUUCAUCUAAAUAGUAUAACUGACAGUGUUUUGAAGAAAUUUCCUUCCAUUGCAUCUUCUAUAGACUGGUCCUCUGAUACAGAGAGUGAUGUUUGUGACCAUCGAAUGAGUGGGAAAGGUGGACUUGCAUCGAGAAAAGAGGAUAGGCGUGUAUCUUCCAAAUGUCAAAAUGCUUUGUUGAAAUUUUCAACCUUUAUGUCUCCUUCAAAAACAAGCCUUUUAAAGAAAUUUAUGAAGUCUGUGACAGAAAAGAAAAGUUAUCAAAAGAAAGCUAAACUUCGAAAGUCAAAACCAUUAUUCAUAUCUGGAGCAAAACCAGACCCUGUUGUAGCUGGUCAAACUCUUGCAGAGCUUGAUAGCAUAUAUUCUAAUGUGAACAGCUUUACUAAAAGUGGAUGUAUUGUGGGUGCAGUAUUUGAAAAAACUUUAAAAAAUCAAAUUUUUCGUGAUUCAAAAGAAACACUUUACAAGGUCUUCAAGGCGAAUAGUUCAUACUUUAUAGAUGGAAAAAGCCAGCCACUGUUGAUUGUUCUCAGUGAAUUCGGUAUUUAUUUUGUUGGCCUUCAACCUAACAUGUCAAUCUUUCUUCAAGUAAUGAUGUGCUACGAUGAAUUAGAAUCAAUUAUUGUUGGUCCUAGUCGACAAACAUUGCUUUUUGCUAAUUUAAAUCGAACCAAGCAAAUGUUAGUCACCAGCAGUAAUAGACUGGUUACGGGUGAAAUCAUUAGUCAUAUUGAGGUUGCAAUGCGAAGAUCGCCUAUGAAAUUUGCUUUACCUGCAGUCGGUCAGUUAGAAUUGGACAAUAUGAAAACUUUGAAAUUACAACUGUCAAGAGAUCAUGUGUUGCUGAAUGAUGAACAACUUCAUCAUUACAGCAUUGCAAACAUACAGGACAACCCUACUAGCCCUCCUUCAACUCCCCUUGGACCUAAAAAGGAAGGGCACUUGAUGUUUCGGCCUGCAACGAAUACUCCUCUACAACCAUGGGAACCUGGAUACUUCAUUCUCAAGGGUGGUGUUGUGUACAUGUUUAGCGAUCAAGGAAGUCGCUUACCAAAAAGAGUUAUCCCAUUGCAUGGUGGCCAAUGUCAUGGUUGUCGACGAAUACCCCAGGAAAGCAGACCACACACUUUUGAAAUUCUUCUGGAUCAUAAACGUUCCUUCCAGUUUGCAGCAGCAGAUGAAUAUGAAACUUCAGAGUGGUUGCAAGCAUUAGUGCAGUCUGCUUCAGGGAAUUUUUUUCACAUGUCUAUUCAAUUACCUUUGGAUAUUUCAUCCUUUCAUUUCAUUACUUUUGAUUAUUCAGAUAAACAUAAUGUUUGUGUUGAUUCUUUCAUAUUGAAAGAAAGUAUGAAAUGGGUG